CAAGUUCUCGAAAACGAUGUUUCGAGUAGAAUGCGGCGUCUCCAACGAGAUAGUCAAUGAACAACUUACGGGCAAGUAUAGUGUAACUGCUACCAUGAUGAUUGAUGAUAUCCCCAAAGAAAGUAUCGGUGAUCAAAAUAUAUAUUUCGAAGAACAAGAGGACAACCCAGAGUUGCUGUCGAUAGAAAUGGCUCAAAUUGAAGUAAUAUCUCAUUAUAGCGGGAAAGAACGAAUAUCAUUAUAUACGGAUCGCAUAAUUGUAGAUUUAAAUUGGCACCAACUAAGUACUGAUUUGUGCAUAAAAGAAUCAGUAAACUUUUUCAACAACGGGUCAUAUCCCGUGCACGUUUCGUGGAUUCCUAGCACCGAUAACGCUCACGCAUCCAUAGAGGUAGAACCCAAGUCCUUUGAAGUUACAGAUCGGGCCAAAAUCAGUGUGCAUGUCGAACCCUUAUGUCCUGGUCCAUUUCGGGAGAUGUUAAGGUUCGUGACCAAAAACCGGGACUGCGACACAGGCGAAACAAUUAUUUACGUACGCGGGACGGUCGAACAGAUUCCUAACGUGCGUGUUCGGCCAGCAAUAGCACCGCUCGACAACAUCUGCGCCGGUACACUUGAGUCAUACAACGUCGAAUUUAAUGUAAUAUCCCACGGCCCAUUUUCUGUGGAAAGGUAUCUAUACGAAUUCGACACAAUCGGUACACUAAGUUUGCGCGGUGACGUAAAAUCAUUUGGCCCGUACGGAAACGAAAAUAUGAUGUAUUCUACGUUAAACUUUAAAACGCCAAUUGAAACCGAAGCGACUGGGAUCUCGUGUCAAUUAGCCAAAUGGUCGUUCGCCGGGUCAAAGACGGUCCAUACCCAGUCUGUUACUUACGCGACACUCCCAGAUGUGCGUUUGAAUGUUAACACCAUUUCCAUUGCCGAGUCUCUUUACAGGGGCAUACCUCACACCCACAAAGGAAUUCAGUUACUCAAUAAUGCACAUUGUGAUUUUGUCUACUCUUGGGGCAACCCAAUGGGAUCGGAUACGGAUAAAAUAGAUUGCAUGUUUAAGCCCAGCAGUGGGACUGUUAAUGGUGAUUCGAAUAUUGAGUUUGACUUUAUUGUAACGCCAAAAAAAAGUGGCCAUUUAAGCAAAUGCUAUAUACCGUGUUUUGUACAGUGCAAUGCACUUGCACCACAACAGAUAAGUCUUGAAUGUUGGAUAAAUGAAUUCAGCGCUACAGUGACAUAUGUCAACGUAUGUGGUACACAAUAUAGCAUAACGUGGCAAGACAAUAAAAAACAAUGGAUUGUUAAUACAGAACAAAUGGAAAUUGAUUUAUUAGAAUCCGAAAGCAAUCAAACUUCAAUAACCAAGUAUUUAAAUAAUUCUGAAAUGGAAAAUGUAGAAGAAUAUGAAAUCGAGCCGGAAGACCAGGAACCGACCAAAUGGCGUUUUGGAGAAUGGCCGAGACGUGACACACCGUUAUGCUCACCGUUGGUCGAACAAUUUCAAAGAGAGCUGGACUACUACCAUCCCGUUAUGGCGUUUAAAGACAUAGAAUGCAAUACAGCUAUGGAACAGAGUAUAACAAUUCAAAAUACUACGAAAAUUCCUUGUCAAGUUAAAACAAAAGUUAGAUAUUAUGACUAUUCUACACCGGGCAGAAUAGAAAACACCUACGAAGAUAGCAUGGGAAUUGCAUCGAAAAAAUGUUGUUCAAUAUGGAUAGAAAGAGAUGACAACAUUUUAAAUGGGCAAGAUGAAUUCAAAGUGUCCAUAUGGGUGUUGGCCACGACUUGGGGACGGUAUGAGGACGUGGUGACUAUUGAAUUACACGUAGGGCUCGAUAUUCUACCGGUCAUCCACAUACCACUCAUCAUCAAUGCCAUUACGUUCCCUAUAGAAUUCCCUUUAGCUAAAGACGUUCACAAACCAACCAUCAACUUCAGCCUUUAUUCAAUGGAAUCAGAAAAUCGAUUACAAAUAUUGAAUAAUAGUGAAAUUUCGGUUAAAAUAUCUUGGCGUAUGUACAAUAAAAGUAAAGAAAAUAAACCAUUUGGAGUAUUAAUUGACACAUUAACUCCCGACCAUCCAGACCAUUGGUCUUUCAGAAUCACUAAUUAUGAUGGCUUAGAAAAUCCUCGAUAUUUUAAAAUUGAACCUAUUAUAUUGAUAUUAGAACCAAAAACAUUAGGAUAUGUAACAUUUUCUUUAGAUCGAACUAAAGAAAUAUCCAUAAACCAUGAUGAAAAUUAUAUAGUAAAUGGAAAAGCAGUUGGAAUAGUGACUGCUCUUGAACCAGCUGGAGAAUAUUGCAUAAGAAAAGAUGGAUUUAAAAUGAAACCCGCUAUUGUUAAGCUUUAUUCUGAAACUAGACAUUCGAUACAACCAAACUUAGUCAUACGAGAGUUGAAUAAUAUUUUCCAAGUGUCAGCGUCGCAAAUAUUCAACUCUCAAUCCCAAUGUUAUACAGAAACUCGAUUGUUUAGCAUGUGUAAUCACUUAAGAUAUCCUGGAAACAUUUCGUUCGAAAUCAAUAGCCCAUUCAUCAUAAAAAGUUUAAGAUCAUUGAGAUGUGGUAUUCGUUCCGGAAAAGCUAAUAUUUAUUUGUUUCAUCAGGAUUUAGUCGAAAUCGAACUGCAACUUAGAAUAGAUAUUAAACAAGUUUAUAUACCGAAAAUGCCAACAAAUCUAUUACCCAGAAAAUACGAAAGAAUGGGAUAUUUAAGCGCUGUUUAUGAAAAUAGUUAUUUUAAACCUAAGAUGGUUGCAACAUUCAAAAUGCACAUAGACUUUCCCAUACUAAAACUGUCAACGGACUACAUAAAUUUUGGUCAAGUGGUCGUAGAGGAAACUAAAAGCAUAAACGUGAUGUUAUCUUCUUAUUCAGGUCCUGAACGUUUUGUUACGCGCUCCGUUGACAAAGUAUUCACAAUAUCACCACCAGAUGGUGUCGUAUCGAAUAAGCCAAUCCCACUUGUAAUCUCGUUUAAACCCAAAGCUGAUGAAAAGUACUUGAAAAAGAUUGAAAUUUUGACAACAAUACCCACGGAUGUAAUUUUUCUCGAAGUAUCUGGAUUAGGGAUAAAAUAAUUUCAGUGUACAAGCUUAUGUAGUAUAAUAAAACAUUUUCUACUUACUA